AUGACUCUUGCUGUCGAUCUCCUCAACCCCUCCCCCGAACUCGAAAAACGCCAACACAAGCUCAAGCGGCUCGUGCAGUCACCUAACAGCUACUUCAUGGACGUCAAAUGCCCCGGAUGCUUUGCCAUCACCACCGUAUUCUCGCACGCUCAGACAGUCGUCAUCUGUGGUUCGUGUGCCAGCAUUCUAUGCCAACCAACUGGAGGUCGGGCUCGUCUGACGGAGGGUUGCUCUUUCCGUAAAAAGAACUAA